AGUUCAGUAACUCGCCGACAUUGACCCAUUUACCGUGCCUCCGAUCCGAUUGCUCCCGGCUCGAACAGGUCGACCAAAAAAUAUUAAUUUAUUUGCCUGGCAUUUGCAUGUGCAAUACUUAUCGAGCUGAGCAGUUUUUUGUUUAGUUUUAUCGUGUUUUCGAUUCGCCUCGUCAUUACAAUGUUGACCGCUGCAACUGCGAUGAGGUGUCUGCCCUCCGAAGCGAUUCCCUCGUUUACAGCUAAAUCUGUUCGCUUUGGAGUCCCUACAAUGUUGUCGGAUAUAGACCAACUGCCCACGCUCCAACUGGGCGACUAUACGCUCCAAUUCGAGCUGGGGGAACCGACGGCCCAGGGAAAGGAGGUGGCCAUCAAGGAACUCCGGGAAACCCCCGAGCGCCAAAAGGAGGCCGCCAAGGAGCUGGCACGUCUCUUAGAAGCGGAAACCGAUUUGCUUUAUCCCAAGGGAAACGAGGAGUGGCUGAUUCGAUAUCUGCGGCCCUGCAAGUAUUAUCCGGAGAGUGCUCGAGAUCUGAUUAAGCGCUACUACGCCUUCAAGGUGAAACACUCUGAUGUUUACAACGACCUGAAGCCAUCAAACGAGGCCAACAUUUUCAAGCACAACAUACUCACCGUCUUUCCCAAUCGAGAUCAAUUGGGACGUCGCAUUUUGGUCCUGGAAUUGGGCAAGCGCUGGAAGCACAAGCAGGUGACCCUGGAUGAGGUGUUCAAGGGAGCCGUUCUAUUCCUGGAGGCUGCCAUGUUGGAGCCGGAGACGCAGAUCUGCGGAGCAGUGGUGAUCUUCGACAUGGAUGGUCUCAGCUUGCAGCAAACCUGGCAAUUCACGCCGCCCUUCGCCAAGAGAAUUGUGGACUGGCUGCAGGAUUCGGUGCCACUCCGCAUCAAGGCGAUUCACAUUGUGAACCAGCCGAAGAUCUUCCAGGUGGUGUUCGCCCUGUUCAAGCCCUUCCUCAAGGAGAAGUUGCGCAGCCGGAUCAUAUUCCAUGGCACCGAUCGCGAGUCCCUGCACAAGUACAUGUCGCCCAAGUGCCUGCCAGCCGCCUACGGAGGAAUCCGGGAGGCCAAGCGGAUCGAUGGUGACGAGUGGUACCAGUUGCUCCUCAAGUGCGACAGCGAGUUUGAUACCAUCAACUCUUAUGGAUACAAAAAGAAGUGAACCCAGUUCGCCAGCUGUGCUGCAAGUGAUAAAACAAUAAAUCUCCCCCAAGAAGCAAUUUUAAGCACACGUUAUAGUUAAGCACUCGAUCUGUCAUACGCUUGUCCUGUUAGUGAAUAGCGCCUAGAGUUUGCCUUAGUCUUAAUCAGGAUCCGAGGCUCCGGUCUCCGGUCUCGAUCGCAUCCAGAAAAAGUGUUAUGCCAACAUAUUAUAUUUUUAAUCCGGGGUAAGCGUAUUUAUACCAUGUUACUAUUGUACAUUUUAAACAAAUUGUUGAAAUAUAAAACACAUUUAAAUUGA